AUGACUCGAGUCAAACUUUCAUCAUUUACUUAAACCCUGAUUUAAGAAGAGUUCAAAUUUAAAUAGACUUAAUUUGAAUAAGAUCAAUUAUUAUCAAGUGAAAGUAAAAGAGACUUUAUUAAAUAUGACUUAAAUGAAAGCAUUAUUCUAAAAGCUUUUAAUGGAGAAAUAGAAACUCCUCAACAAGAACAUAAAUAUAUAGGUGUUAACAAAGAUCAAAUGGAUCAAAGAAUUAUAGUAAAAAAACACCCAAAUAACUUACCAACAACGCUUUUAUCUGAUUCCAAUUAUAAUUUAGAACCAUUAAAACUAGAGAGAAAUACUAGUACUAAGUAUUCAGAAAUAGUGUCAAUAAUGAAUAAUUUGCCUUUUGGUAUACUUUUUGUAGAUUCAUCCUUAAAAGUUUUAGACUUUAACCAAAAAGUGACCUAACUGCUAGGUUUAACUAAUCCUUGUGACAUGAUUGCAUUCUUAGAUUAAGCUAUUUAAAGGUAAUGUUAAUAAAUUAUUAAAGCGGAGAUUUUUGUGAAUUUAGAUCAUCAAAGAAAGUAAGAAAACCUUAAAAAUCACCCAGUAAAAUGACAUUUAUAAAAUAACCCUCAAUUAGUCCAUAAAAAAUAUUCUUAGAUGAACACAUAUCUGAUGUAUUUUCAUAAUAUAAUAAUAAUGCAUCCUAAUUUAAAGGAGAAAGUGAUGCCAAUAUUGGAAAAAAUCUUAAAUCUAUAUUUUAGAAUUUUAAAAAAAUUCAUCAAAGCUAAUUGACAUCUUUAUCUCGAGAUAACUUUUAAUACAUAAUUAGAAUGGAUAAUAUGGAUAAAUCUGGUGGGAAAAUUAAAUAUAAGAGUUUAAAACUUAAAAUAUUUUAAUUGGAUGGUUUUGUUUAAUGGGAGUCUGUUGUUUAUUUAUUCUUUUUGGAAAAUAUCACUAAGAGAGAAGAAUAUAAAUUGCUUAAUCAUAAAUAUAAAUUUUAAUAAGCAUUGCUUAAUUCAUUAUGUCAUGAAUUAAGAACUCCUAUUAAUGGAACAAUGUCUUAAUUAUAUGCAUUGAAAGAUCAAUUAUCUUAAGGUUUGAUAGAAUCUCAUUUAGAUCCUGCAAUUGUAUCAGCCAAAAGAUUACAAUUUUAACUUAAUGAUAUCUUAGAUUAUGCUUAAAUUUAAUGUUCAUCAUUAAUCAUGAAUAAAUCAUGUUUCAAAUUGUAGGAGGUUUAUUAAUAAUUAUAUGAAUUAUUUAAUUUUGAAUGUAUCUAAAAAAACAUUAAACUAAUAUUUGAUAAUGUAAGUCAUAUUUCAAUUUAUACAGACAAAGAAAGAUUGAUUAGAAUUUUCAUUAAUUUAUUAGAUAACUCAGUCAAAUUUACAAAUAGAGGAGGUACUAUUAAAUUAAUUACUAAUACAACCCCUCUUUACUAUAAGUUAUUAGUAGAAGAUGAUGGGUAGGGUAUUUCAGAAGAAGUCAUCUAAAAAAUUGAAUAGUAGGCAGAACUAUUAUUUUAAGAUUCUCUUUAAUAUGAUUCUAACAAACUUGGAUUAGGAUUAAGAAUUUCUUAAUAAUUAGCCAAAUAUCUAUAUAAAGAUCAAUUUUUUGAAAUAGAUUCUAUUUAUGAGAAAUAUACAAAAGUAAGUUUUAGAGUAUCAAAUCAAAUACAACAUUACUCCAAUGAAUUUGAAAUUGAUAAACAUAAAUUCCCUUAGAUUUCAGAUUGUGAUUGUAGUAAGAUUUUGAUAGUUGAUGAUAUAAAUUGUAAUCAUUUUGCAUUGUAAGUAUUACUUAAAAAGUUCAAGUUGAAAAUUGAUAGUGCUUACAAUGGUAAUUCUGCAAUAGAUUUAGUCAAAGAGAGAUUAUAAUAAUAAUGUUGUUAAACUUAUAGAUUAAUUUUUAUGGAUAUUGAAAUGCCUGAAAAAAAUGGAUUUUAAGCUUCUAAAGAAGUAAAAAUAUUAAUAUCUAGAUAACUUAAUUAUUGAAGGAACAAAAUUUGAAUGAAAGUUGUAUUAUAACAAUGUAUUCAGCAUACUCAGGAGAUGAGGAUGUUCUGAUUGCUAGUCAAUGUGGUAUGAAAGAGCGUAUCUCCAAACCCACUGAUAUAUAAAAAUUAGAAUAUCUUGUUAAUAAAUACCUACUAUGA